AUGGGGACACAAAACGACCCGAGUGAAGAGUCUGCGGAUGUAGAUGUCUUUGGUGAACCUCAGGAUAUUGUCCAACGGCCCAGUGAGCUGGAUCCGAUGGACAGCCUGCCCAGCUGCUGCACCGUGCUGACCUGCAGUGAUCCUCAGGACUUUGGAAGGGAGCAGACAUUUUACCUAGUCGGCACAGCGCAUGUGGUGUUUCUGGAGUUGUGUGUAGAGCGCAGAAGCACGCUCACCAUGACCAAGGAAGAGGUGCUAGCGCCGGGGGAGCUCUUCAAGCUUUGGCGGGCUGGCAAGGUUCCCCUGCUCUUUGUGGCUUACUCCUGGAUGCUCAGCCAAGUGGCGGAUGCGCUUGGAGUACUGCCUGGAGAGGAAUUCCGGGCCGCCCUCCUCGAAGCACAGCAGGUUGGGGCCAAGGUGGUGCUGGGUGACCGACCAGUGCGUGUCACUUUGGCGAGAACAUGGAGUGCCUUGUCACGAUGGAGCAAGGUCAGGUUCAUCUGGGGCCUGCUCACGACGGGCUUCUGUGUCUCAGACGACCUCAAAGCGGAGGUGGAAAAGAUGAAGGAGGCGGAUGUGCUCACUCAAGCCAUGAAGGAUCUGGCUGAGGAGUUUCCAGAGCUCAUGCGGCCCUUGAUUCAAGAGCGGGACGAGUACAUGGUGUUCCUUUUACGAGCACUGGCCUCCAGGGCAUCGAAGGUGGUGGCGGUGGUUGGCGCGGGGCAUUUGCCUGGGAUGCGGGAGAGAUGGAAUGCAGAGAUAGACUUUGAGGAGAUCAGUCGCAUGCCCGCAGCGCCACAGAAGAGCAGCAACUGGCCUUGGAGACGGAUGGCCCUCCUGGGCAUCUCUGGAGUCGCAGUGACCGCGGUUGUCACUUUGCGAAGGCGUAGAUAG